AUGAUGCGGCCUUGGGGCGACCUGAAAAGCCUCGUCGCCGCGCAGGACGGGCGCUCGCUCUACAUCAUUCCAUCGCAACUACAGCUCGAACAUUCAUCAUUGAUCGAGGGGCUGAAAACGGCCGGUGAUUUGAAGCUCGUCUACUUCGUCCACGACAUCCUGCCGAGCCUCCUGCCGGCCUACUUUCCGGACGAUGCCGAGGAGCGCAAUCGCCGCCGGAUGGAGAAUGCCGCCCGCCUUGCGGAUGCGAUCAUCGUCAAUUCGCAGGCGACAGCCGUCUCGUUCAAGGGCCGUUUUGGCCGCGAUAUGGCGCCGGAGAAGCUCGUCGUCGCGCCCCUCGGCAUCACCCUUGGGAAGAAUUCCGCGACUUCAUAUCGGCCACCGUCAGAACCUUACUUCGUGAUGCUGGGCACGAUCGAGCCGCGCAAGAACCAUCUCCUGGUCCUCAACCUCUGGCGCGAUCUGUAUGCCGAACUGGGCCAGAAGACACCUCGACUCCUCCUCGUCGGGAGUCGCGGCUGGAAGAACCGCGACAUCAUCGAGAUGAUCGAGCGAAACGCGCCGCCGCGCGGGGCAGUCGAGGAACUCGGCCGGCUGCCUGACGCAGCGGUCGCCAGCCUGUUGAAGGGAGCGCGCGCCCUGCUGCUCCCCUCCUUCGCAGAGGGCUACGGCCUGCCUCUCGCCGAGGCCCUCAGCCGCGGCACGCCAGUCCUCUGCAGCGACCUGCCGGUCUUCCAUGAAGUCGGCGCCGGCAUCCCCGACUAUCUCUCGCCCAGGAACGCCGAGGCAUGGCGGGCGGCCGUGCUCGACUAUGCCGGACCGCACUCGACGCGCCGUGCCGCGCAGCUCCGGAGACUGGGUUCCUGGUCGCCGCCGAGCUGGAAACGGCACUUCGACAUCGUCGACGAGACCCUGAGUAUCCUGGAGAAAUGA